AUGGCUGGCUUCUCGCUGUUUGGCCACCUGGUCCCUUGCCCUCUUGCCCUUCCCUCAUCCCCCCAUGAAGUACACGAAACUCCUGGCAGCGAGAGCUCGGCGACCUUGACGCCACUGGAAAGCGUUUCGCCAGAUGAGGGCAACGCAUUAAACAAGUCCCUUCCGCCAGAGGCUGAGCCAGAAUUUCAAAUCUUGCACGACUCUGACACGCCCGAAAUUGAGUGUGUCAACGCUCUCAAUAUCGUGGCUUUACAUGGGCUCGACGCGAAUCCAGACUACGCCUGGGUCUGGCUACCCAAGAACAAUGCCCCCAACCGUCCCGGAUACCCCAAAAAAUCCUUUAUCGGGCUUCAAGAACUACUUCCAGUCAAGCUAGACAAGCCAUGUCGAGUUGUUGCCUCCAAUUACGACUCGAAAUGGUUCCGGGACGCCGCUCAACAGAAACUCUCGUCUAUUUCGGACACCCUUCUAGAUAGCCUCUGGAGCGACCGCGAGAAGAACAAGGCUGGCUAUGGACAGGCCCUCGAUAUUUGUCGGGCACAGUUUUUGGGGCAAUGUUAUCGAACAGCAUGGGGAGCAAUCAUUGCAUAUCUUAUGCCUUCGGGCUUGGAUUCUGAAAAUGGGCUGCUUAAAGCCUUGGAGAGGCAUUCAAAUUCCCUCGCGGAUCGUCUACGCGACUUCUCUGGCUGGCUCUUUUCCGAACCGGUGCCAGUCGUCUGCGCCUUCGAACAGCUCGUGACAGACUAUUCGUCCGGAUUGCCUCUCCUGGGGACUUUCCUUCCCUCGACAACAUUGCUUCUUCGUCUUAUCGGCUCCCCAGACAUCGGAAAGACGAUGAUGGUAACCUUUCGUGUUAGACUUUUGGAGUGCAAGAUCGAAAAGAAUCCCCUGGGGGCGUUUAUCCACUUUUUCUGUGACGAUAAGGACCAGGAGCGAAAGACACUAACCGCAAUACUGCGACGCCAUAAGCGUGCAGGCGAGGUAUUCAUCCUUAUUGAUGCUCUAAACGAGUGUGAAAGUUUAACUCGUAAAGAUUCACUGGAUCAAACAAUUUCUCAACUAUCUCCUACUGAGGACUCGGGAAAAAUCAGGAUCCUGGUUACCUGCAGACUUCAGAUAAAUGAUAUCGAGGAUGAGCUACAGGACGUCGGAACCCAAUUACAAAUGGGCUUUGCCGAGAUAAAUCACGAUCUGGGCAAAUAUAUCGACGGCCAAGUUAGCGAACAUGCGAAGAAAAAGAGCUACCCAUUGAAACUAAAGCAAAAGUUAAUUCGUGGUAACUCAUAUACGAAUGUGGACAAGGCGAAUGUCUUGAUUUUCAAGGACACUAGCGACCUCCUAGUUCAAGCGGAAUGCGAAGGCAUGACUGAGCUUUUACUCGACAACGGGGCUAUAAUCGAGGCCGAGCAUGAGUACGGCGAGACGCCGUUGUGGAGGGCUGCCGGAUAUGGAUGCGAAUCUACAGUCAAGCUGCUGAUUGAUCGCGGCGCUAAUAUCGAGGACUCUGGUGGGAUGCGGCUGUCAGAAGCUGUGGAAAAUGGAGAGGAAAGUGUGAUUAAGCGAGUGCGUCAUCACGGCGGUAUCGUGAUUAGGCAUACCUCUGGACAGACGCGGCUGUUACUGAACAGCGAGAAAGAGGCUGUGAUCAAGUUUUGA